ACGCCAUAUUUUUGUCAAAUGUCAAAAAACGCUAAAAGACGUAGCGACUCGCGUGCAAACAACAUUAAACGGGCGAAAAAGUGUUUAAAAGUUAGUAAAGGUGAAAAAUAAGUGUUUUAUUUCUCUCAAUACUACAAACAAACCAGUUGGGGACGUGCAAGUGGCCCCAAAAAUGCAAACACCUUUGUGAAAGACAGGUGCCCCAAGUGUUGUGCUUCAGUGAACUGGACAUUCAAUUAAAUCAUCUAAACUUUACUUUAACACACGUUCUAAUUUCUGACGGAGGCAAUGGCUGUCGCAAAACCUUCAAACCGCAAUGCGGCUUUCGAAGACUUGUCGAACGUUGAGUUCGAAACCAGCGAAGAUGUGGAAGUCAUCGAGCAAUUUAAGAAUAUGCACCUGAAGGAGGAGCUCCUUCGCGGUGUCUUUGCAUAUGGUUUUGAGAAACCAUCAGCUAUCCAACAGAGGGCUAUCAAGCCGAUAAUAAAGGGCCGAGAUGUUAUCGCUCAAGCCCAGUCAGGUACCGGCAAAACGGCCACAUUCUCGAUCGCUAUUUUGCAGUCGCUUGACUUGCAAACGCGGGAAACCCAAGUACUUUGCUUGUCGCCAACGAGGGAGUUGGCCGUGCAAAUCCAGAAAGUUAUCCUGGCUUUGGGGGACUUUAUGAACGUGCAGUGUCACGCCUGCAUUGGUGGGACCAAUCUGGGAGAGGAUAUCAGGAAGCUGGAUUAUGGGCAACAUGUUGUUAGUGGAACACCUGGAAGAGUUUACGACAUGAUCAGACGGCGCGCCCUUAGGACCAGGUCCGUCAAAAUGCUGGUUUUGGACGAAGCCGACGAAAUGUUAAACAAAGGCUUCAAGGAGCAAAUCUACGACGUUUACAGGUUCCUGCCGCCCUCCACUCAAGUCGUGUUGAUUUCUGCGACUUUGCCCCACGAGAUUUUGGAGAUCACGUCGAAGUUCAUGACGGACCCGAUCCGUAUUUUGGUAAAACGUGAUGAAUUAACUCUUGAAGGCAUCAAGCAAUUUUUCGUCGCGGUUGAGCGUGAGGAGUGGAAAUUUGACACACUUUGUGACUUGUACGAUACUUUAACCAUCACGCAAGCUGUUAUCUUUUGCAACACUAAACGCAAAGUCGAUUGGUUGACUGAAAAAAUGCGCGAAAACAAUUUCACCGUGAGUUCCAUGCACGGUGAUAUGCCCCAGAAGGAGAGAGAUAAUAUUAUGAAGGAGUUCAGGUCGGGACAGAGUCGUGUACUUAUCACGACCGAUGUGUGGGCGAGAGGUAUCGACGUCCAGCAAGUCAGUUUGGUCAUUAAUUACGAUUUGCCGAACAACCGUGAGUUGUACAUUCACCGUAUUGGGCGAUCUGGCAGGUUUGGUAGAAAGGGUGUUGCGAUUAAUUUCGUCAAGUCGGACGAUAUCAGGAUUUUGCGGGAUAUUGAGCAGUAUUAUUCCACACAGAUUGACGAAAUGCCGAUGAAUGUCGCUGAUUUAAUUUAAACGAAUAACAUUUUUUAUGUCCUUAUAUUAUGUAAGAAGUUUGUGUAAUAAUUAAUUAAUUAAUAUGGGAAGUAAUAAACGACUAUGAUUUUUCCUA